AGCGCUCUGGCCCGCUUUCGGCCUGGGCCAACCGCUCCCAACGAAGCCAUGCCGCGCUUCGCCGCUUUUCGGGCCCUGGCGGCACUUGCGCUCGCAUCGGCCUUGAAGGUGGAUGAGGCCACUCCAGCCAAGAAGGUGGUGAAGAUGCUGAAGAAGCUGCAGUCAGAUGUUGCAGCUUUGGGCCAGCAGGAGGAGGCGGAGUUCGCGGAGUACGCGAAGUUCUGUGGGAAGACGAAGGAUGAGAAGGCUUACCAGAUCGAGAGGUCCGGCAAGAAAAUCAGCAAGUGGCAGGCCGACAUUGACGUCCUAGCCGAGGAGCUGAAGGCGAAGCAGGAGGAGCUGUCGCAGCUGCAGGAGCAGAAGGCCAAGCUCAGCCAGCAGCUGGCUGAUGCCACCUCUGCAAGAGAGGAGGAGCAGAAGACCUACGAAGCCGGUACGAAGGAGAUCGCGGAUGCCAUGGCGGCUUUGGACAAAGCGAGGGACUCUGUGCUCGGUGCCCAGGAAGAGCUGAGCCUCGCAACGGUGCGGCGGGUUUAUGAGCUCAUGGCGGCCGGAGGCAGCCACCAGCUUCCGAGCGCCCAGCUGGCGCAGCUCGAGGCGCUGGCCGCCCCGGCCCCGAAGUACAAGGCCAAGUCCUCGGAUGUGGUCUCCAUGCUGCGGGGCUUGAGAAGCACCUUCGUGGCGAACAAGCAGAAUCUGGAGAUGGAAGAGGAGGAGGCGAAGGGCGCCUUCAACAAGCUGAAGAUGAAUCUGGAGCACCAAAUCAAGUACACAGGACAGCAUGUGAACGAGAAGACCCUGAAGAAGUCCAAGAAGGCCUCGUUAAAGGCACAGCUGGAGAAGGACAAGACAGCCGAGACGAACGCCCAGGAGUCAGACACGAAGUUCCUGUCGUCUCUGACUCAGGACUGCGUGGACAAGGCGGCCGUGGCCGCCGAGCGCAAGGCGAAGAGCGAGGAGGAGCUGGCGGCGCUGGACACGGCCAUCACCAAGCUGGCGGCGGGCGGCGUGGCGCUGCCUCAGGUGCAGUCUGCGACAGAGUCCGCGCAAGAGGUCCGAAGGGAGGAGGCGAGCCUGUCCUUCCUGCAGGAGGCCUCAGCGCCUCGGAGCGCGUCUUUGGCGAAGCUGAAGGACUUGGAGGCCCGCGUGCAGCUGCCGGAGCUGUCGCUGGCCGUGCGCGCCGCCAGCGGCGCGGAGGAUCCCCUGGCCACGGUGCGGGAGCUCAUCAAAGGCAUGGUGACCAAGCUCGAGGACCAAGGCAAGGAGGAAGCCAGCACCAAAGCCUUCUGCGACGAGGAGGUCACGAAGAGCACCACGGACCGGGACAAGUACCAGGCGGAGAUCGAGACUCUGACCUCGAAGCUGGAGACAGACACCGCCACCUUGCAUCAGAGCAACAAGGAAGUGGCCCUCACGUCAGUGGACAUCAGCAAGCUCACCAGCGAGUUGGAUGAAGCCUCAAAGCUCCGUGCCAACGAGUCUGCAGGCAACGAGGCGGCCCUGAAAGAAGCCAAGGACGGUGUGGAAGCCGCGGACUUCGCGCUGAAGACUUUGAAAGACUUCUAUGCUGCGCCGUCCUUCUUCCAGCAGCGCGCCGUUCGCGAGCAUGCCCCUGACCGGGACGGCAAGUCCAUUGCAGACGUCGCGCCCAAGGUGAACACUGGCGACUACAGCGCCGAUGCCAAGCAGCGCUCGAGUGGCGUGCUGGGGAUGCUCGAGGUGCUCCGCGACGACUUCACCGGCUCGGCUGCGGAGACAAAGGCCGCUGAGGAGAAAGCCACAGAAGCCUUUGACAAGUUUAAGACGGAUUCCAAGAAGGACUUGGAAGGAAAGCAGCAGGUGGUUGAUUCACUCACCUCCGAGAUCUCGGACCUCAAGGCAUCGCUGCUGCAGACCCAGCGUGACCUCUCAUCGGCCAAGGAGGGUUUGCGGCUGACUGAGUCGGAGCUGGAUAAGCUGAAGGGCAUCUGCACGGAGGGGGAGGAGUCCCAGGAGGCCCGGAAGAAGCGCCGGGAGGAGGAGAUCCAGUCUCUCAAGGAGACCGUCGCGCAGUUGAAUGAGCUCAUCCAGGGAAGCUGAAGCAUGGGAGCUUGUCCAAUGAUCUGCUAAGAGCAUCGAUCA